GUUUAUUGGCACCAUGAUUUAAGUAUAAGGCUCUUAACUAUACCCAGCGCCACUUCAUGCAUGCUGCCGUGCCACUAUAUAUAUAACAUCACACGUAAUGCUGUCUGGAUUAGGAUUUUGUCAGAGACUGCUGCAACAUACUGUAUGACCAGUAUAAAUCACAAGUUUGAAGGGCAGGCCGUGUCUGGCUGACCAGGUCAAAGAAAGCUGUUAUCCAUGGAACUUCAACACUUGAAUAUCAGUGGAACAAGUGGUAACAGUAAAAAAACAGAAGACAGUGGAACAUGUCGAUGCAUGAGGUUUCUCCAUCGGAGGUGUUUUGUGCUUCUCCUGGCUGUGGGGAUCCUGGUGAUCUUCUACGUAACCACCCUCUUCACUCUUCAUAUAAGCCAGACCCCACUCUGGCUGCUAGGAGGCCAGGAUCUAACUCCUCUCUCUUAUAUCAAUGGAAAUGAGGGGGAGUUUCUUCCACCAUACAAUGUAGCAUACCCACAGAAAUAUAAGUUUGUUCUGGAUGAGCCUCAUGAGUGCCAGGACCACAGCCCCUUCCUGCUUCUGAUGGUGCCAGUAGCUCCUGGUAAUCUGGUAGCCCGGGAGGAUAUCCGGAAGACUUGGGGUAAGGAGAGCCUGGUUCUGGGACGGGCUGUGCGUCUGUUCUUCCUUUUGGGCCUGCCCAGUGGAGUGGAGGCAGAGAGGAUGCAGGAGGAGGUGCUGCUUGAGAACCAGCAGUACCAUGACAUGCUGCAGAGUGACUUCCAGGACAGCUACUUCAACCUGACCAUCAAGACCAUGGUGAUGCUGGAGUGGCUGGCCUCUCGCUGCCCCGGCGCCUCCUUCGCCAUGAAGAUCGACUCUGACAUGUUCCUCAAUGUGCACAACCUGGUCAACAUGCUGAUAGACCCAACUACACCAAAGCACAACUACAUCACUGGGAAGUUCAGCCAAAACACACAAGUGGUGAGAGACCGCACCUCAAAGUGGUACAUUCCCAAUAAGGUUUACCCCAGUACCAAAUUCCCUCCCUACCUUUUGGGAAAUGGUUAUGUAUUUUCCAUAGAUCUUCCUGAGAAGAUAGUGGAAGCAUCCAAACAAGUCCGUGCCAUAUUUUUAGAGGAUGCCUACCUGGGUAUGUGUCUGAGCCAUUUAGGGAUUGCAGCCAGUUACCCACCUAACUCUUCCCUCUUCAAGCUUUCCAUGCCCUACACUCAUAAUCGCUGUUACUACUCUACUGUCAUCACUACCGAAAUGGACCAUGUGAGUGACCUGCUGCGAGUCUGGGAGGACUUACAGAGACCUGGCACCCCCUGCUAAAGGACAAUGAAUAUCAAAUCAAAUCAAAUCAAAUUUAUUUAUAUAGCCCUUCGUACAUCAGCUGAUAUCUCAAAGUGCUGUACAGAAACCCAGCCUAAAACCCCAAACAGCAAGCAGCAAAAACUCCCUAGAAAGGCCAAAACCUAGGAAGAAACCUAGAGAGGCACCAGGCUAUGUGGGGUGGCCAGUCCUCUUCUGGCUGUGCCGGGUGGAGAUUAUAACAGAACAUGGCCAAGAUGUUCAAAUGUUCAUAAAUGACCAGCAUGGUCGAAUAAUAAUAAGGCAGAACAGUUGAAACUGGAGCAGCAGCACAGUCAGGUGGACUGGGGACAGCAAGGAGUCAUCAUGUCAGGUAGUCCUGGGGCACGGUCCUAGGGCUCAGGUCCUCCGAGAGAGAGAAAGAAAGAGAGAAUUAGAGAGAGCAUAUGUGGGGUGGCCAGUCCUCUUCUGGCUGUGCCGGGUGGAGAUUAUAACAGAACAUGGCCAAGAUGUUCAAAUGUUCAUAAAUGACCAGCAUGGUCGAAUAAUAGUAAGGCAGAACAGUUGAAACUGGAGCAGCAGCAUGGCCAGGUGGACUGGGGACAGCAAGGAGUCAUCAUGUCAGGUAGUCCUGGCGCAUGGUCCUAGGGCUCAGGUCAGUUGAAACUGGAACAGCAGCAUGGCCAGGUGGACUGAAUACCUCUUAAAGCUUUGAAUCCUUACCCUGAUAAGGACAAUGAAUACCUCUUAAAGCUUUGAAUCCUUACCCUGCUAUGGACAAUGAAUACCUCUUAAAGCUUUGAAUCCUUACCCUGCUAAGGACAAUGAAUACAUCUUAAAGCUUUGAAUCCUAAUAAGUAUUAAACACACUAUGUAAGCACAUGCAUACAAGUACUAAACAAAUAGGUAGGCACACACACACACACACACACACACACACACACACACACACACACACACACACACGCACACACACAGGCAUCAUGGUAUCAUAGUAUAAUUCACUCACUCUCAAACAGCUUUUUCAUGUCAUUCUAAAUUAGUAACAUGUUAUUACAUAGUAAUUACCACAUGAUAUGACCAGAUAAUGUUGUUAAAAUAACAGCAUUACUACACAAGUAGAGCUACGUAUUGUGUAGUGUUACUGCUCGGUCUUGUAAGUAUAAUUUCCCAUGACUGUCUUAAAUUCAAAUGGCAACGUGGGAUCUUGUGUGUAUCUAUGAAGUAAGUAUCAAAUGAUGUUCUAAGAUCUUCAAAGACGAGCAUGAUCUGUGUGUAUCACAUUAUCCCAUGUGACAGUAUAGUCUCAAUUUCUGUACAACAUCAAGACAAACUCAUAUGUGGACACAACACACCAGCCCUUUUCUACUGCAUAAGAUUUUCACUGUCACUAGAUGGCAGCAGUGAAUUUGACUUAAACAUUUGUCUUGCGUGCUAUUGUUUUGGUUGCUUAUGAUUUGUACACUCAGUUGAUGCCUACUUAAGAUUGAUAUUGUAACAAAUUCCUGGAAUGUUUGUAAAAAUGUUAAACUGAAUAAAAACGCUUAAACUAUUUUUUAAGUAUUGAGAAUA